UGUGUGCCAAGUAUAGCGUCGUAGUUAUUGCUGCUGCGUAACAUUUCGCCUACGCACGCGUGCGUCCAAGUUGUUACUGCUGCGGACGGACGACGCCCCCCCACACACAUCCCUCACCCCUCCUCCCCCUUGCGGCGCGCUGCGGCACACACGGUCCUUCGUUGCAGCCAGCCAGCAGUCAUUGCAGGCCGCCGCAUCCAUCCAUUAUCCACUGCGACGUCGCUUUUGCCGCUGCUCAGACCACCUCUGGCCUCGCUGCUGCCGACGACAUCAACGACCACGCACGCGAGACGGGCAACACUCCACACACCCGCGUCGUUGUCUUUCCACUUUCACCGCCUUGAACCUCCCUCCCUACCCCCCUCCCCCCUCCGUCUCAUCCAACAACACCUCCCUCUGGCGUGCUCGUCCACCUCUUGUCGUCACGCCCCUCCAACGCUCGCCGAUCUCGCCCCCCCUCUAGCACACAUCGACUAGCUUGCUGACGCUGCACGCGACCUGUUUCACCCCCCAUGAAAUCAUUCCACCACCGCCAACAAUAACUGCCACCGUACCUCAACCACCCCCCACCAACGACGCCCUUUUACUCAACCUCGUCGUACACCCCCCCUUUCACAGGCCUUCAACCUCUGCCAGUGGACGUCCGCGCCGGUUGCGUUCAAGAACAGCAACUGUCUCGUUCGGACAGCCGAGCUCUUCAAGCUCGACAGCACCAAUAUCCUCCCCCCCACUCAUGACUCGCGACCCCUCAACCGGCUUAAUGUCUGUCGUCGCACUGGCCCCGCCUUCGGACGGCUACGACCCCAUCGUGCCGAUGCGGUUCGACGCCGGUCGCCUGGAUCCCUCUCGGAUCGUGGUCGGCAAUCGCAGGUCAUCAAAGUCGGUUUCGGGUGCACGACCACCACCACUGUCGACGAGUGCGACCAGUCAUCGCACGUUUGAGUCUCCAGGACCUUCAAACGCAACUUUACAGCCUGUUGCCGCCGGUCCCAGCACCCCGUCCGGCGGCGGCGCUCAGACAACGCGUCGUAAUGGCCUCAAGCGUCGUAUAUCCACGCCAAACUUGAACAAACGGACAUUACUGCCAGAGGAUGACCUCGAGUCGGCCCCCGAAGGACCCGACGCCUCUCCUGCCGCCACAGCAAGCCUCUCGGCCGCCACUGCAAAGGUGUUUGAGACCCGUGCACGCUCUACAUCCACGUCAAUAGUCGUGCCCCAGUCACUCGACGACCUCCCGUCAUCCCCUACAGAGCCAGUGCAGACCCUAACAGGCCUCCCGCCAGCACCACUACGACUCCCCCUGCCUCAGUCGUGGUCAGAUCUUAACAAGGACAGCCCAAUACCGCUGACGGAUUCACCAUCCUCGACCAUACUCGAGUCGGCUUAUGACCUUGGCGAUGCCGUCGUGUCCCACCUCAUCUCAUGGACAAAACCACGGUCGUCACAUCGUUCCACCCGCGACGGAAGGAGAUCUUCCGAUGAGGACUCUGAGAAGGGGCUGGAUGGCUCCGAGGAGGACGAGGCGUUUGACGACGACGAUGGCCAGACGCGCGUCGGCAUGGGUCGUCGAGGAAGUCGCUACUGGGGCUUCUUCUCCCCAGAGGGAGCUGUCACGUCGCCCGAUAGCCCCAACAGCUACUUUGCGCUUCCAACACGCCCUGAUGAGCGCCGACGUAGUUCGAUCGCCUAUCCGCUGUCACUCCCGACCCCGGCGCUCUCGACACAGUCCUUGUCCCACGGCAACUCGCGUACCCGUCGCCGUGCGGCGUCUCGCGCGGCCGCCCUUGCCGAGCAGGAGCCAGCUGAUGGCUGGUGGGUCAAGGUCUACCGCACCGUCACGGCUGGCGGCAGUGGCAAGACGGCAGAAGUGCUCCGCGAGCUCGGCUGGACCGUGUCCAUUCUCGCCGGCCUCUUUGUGCUGUCUUUCCUCCUCGUGCUCUACACGCUCCAGAGCCUGCCAAUCACCCAGCUCAAGUCGCUGCCAAAGUCGACGACCGACCUGCAGCUGCUUUCGGCAGAGAUGCGCGCGUACAUGGCUGGCAGCAACUCUGGCUGGUGGCACACUGUCCUCGUGCUCACCUACGUCGGGUGCUGGAAGCACGCGUGGAGCGUUCCCGGAGCCGUCGUGCUCAACAUUCUCAUCGGCUCAGUCUUUGAACCGGUUGCGGCCUUGGCGCUUCUCACAAUGAUCACCGCUAGCGGAUCUCUGUGCGCCUACAUGUUGUCCCGACCCCUGGCGCCCCUUAUCGCUGUCCUGUUCCCCAAGCCCCUCGCGCUGGUCCGCGCGGCAUUAGCGCCCGACUCGGUCCCACAGAAUGGCAACAUCCAGAUGGUCCAAUUGGGCAGCGACACUAUCACGCCCGUCCAGGUAUCGCAGGACCCGGCCGAGCCCCCGCUGGGUGCUCCCGAAGACCGGCCAAACGUAUGGCGCCGACUGCUGCUCAUGCGCGCCAUGGGCUUUGUGCCUUGGUCGGGCAUGAACGUUGCAUGCGGUGUCGUCGGUGUCGACUGGCGCACGUUCUGGCUCACGACGGCCGCCGGCAGUGCGAGCUGGAGCUAUGUCACGGCGUCGGUCGGCAACAUUUUGUCGCGCCUUGCCCUGCCGUCCAGCACUGCCAGCCUCGAGGAGGGCCACGGCGAGUCGCUCACCUCGCUACUCCGCGACCCGUCGCUCAUCGCCAAGCUCGUCUUCCUUACGCUCCUCACCAUUGUGCCAGUACUGCUCAAGAAGCGCACGGCCUCGGCUGACUCUGAUGACGAGGACGACGAGCCCGAGCAGCCGAGCACUCCCGACACGCCAUCUGUCCUCGGCCUCGACACGUCUUCGCUCGGCCACGGCCGCGAGGGCUACCCGUCCGAGCCCCCCUCGCCCCUGGCUGCCUCGCUGGCAUCGUUCACACCGACACCACAUGUGUUUGAUCUGCUCAGCUUUGGGCGCCAGGCCAUGCGGCAAGGGGUGCGCGUGGUCGUGGGCACGGCGCGCACCGCCACGACUGGAGCGCGGCGACUGGUGACGAGCGUCGUGUCAUCGUCGUCGUCGUCGUCGUCGUAGAUUUGAAUUUUUCUCCCUUAAUCGCAUUGUUCCUCCCGCAUCGUGUAGACUAGUCAUUCGUCAUGCUAACAAUAAUACCGCUGUGCGGCGGGUCUGGGCCACUGGCUGUGGCCGUGGCUGUAAUUGUCUAGGAUG